AGUAUUCAGACACUUUUUAUUUAUGUAUUUUUUAUUUAUUUAAUGUAUGCCUUCAUUUGCACUACUCCAGUGCCAAUAAUCUUCUUCAAAUUUACACACACAAUGUCUUUUGACUUUGUAUUUAUAAAUAUGAACAAAAAGUAUGUAUUUAUAAUCAUUAAAAUAUAAGGGUUUUUUUUUAAAAACAAAAUUGAUACAUUUUCAACAUUAGUACUUUUGUUAAUAUUGAUGCUUAAGGUCUUUGGUAUGGCAUUGUAGUUUUUUCCCUACUCAAGUGUUGUUUAGUAAUUUCCCUAAGAACCUUAGGAAGCUCCUUCACCACCAUCAUGAUUGGUAACUAAUGGCAACAUAAUUUAUAAUGCUAUCGGGUACAAUUUGCAUAGGAACAUUUGUAUAUUUUUUCAUAUUCAGAUUUAAACCGCCGUGUCGGUGGUCUGUUCCAAAAGGUUUUUUUGUAACGUUAACUCUACCACUAUUUGUUGGAAUAAAAACACUUUAAAAAAAAAAAAAAAAAAACCCCAACUAAAACCCCUCCAAAGGACUGCUUGAAAAAUAAGCCAUUUUUAAUUCACAAAUUAUAAUAACAAAGAGCUAUUUACAGAUUAUGUGACUGAGUAAGCAAACUAAGUUUCAAAGAUACAGUCUUUCUCAAGUCAAGAAACUGUUAUUUAAAAUUGACAACAAUUUCCGUCAAAUAAUAUCUGGUCUCCUUUACUUCCGUUUUUGAUCCAUUCCAGAAAGUUCACUCGACAUGCUCUCAGACUCUAUUAUAAAGCUGGGAUGCAUUUGUAAUGCUGCUGAAAGUCAAUUUAUUUCUAAUGCCUUUUGAUUUUAAUAAUGUUGGAGAACAGUCAUUUAAGAUGAAUGAAAAAUGUGAUUAAAUGUACAAGUUAAUAUUUUUUUAAAUUUCAACAUUAUCUUAGAAAUUAUCAUUUUUUGCAGAUCCCAGCAGAGAUAUGCUGCCCUAUGCACAGUGUGCGGUCUGUUUGAGCUAUUUGGAGCAGGGGCUCAAUAUAUGAAAGCAUAUUUAUUUUGUGUGUAUAGAAAUAUGGGAGAAAUAUGGAUUUAUUUUGGGGAUUAGUACGGCAGUGUUUCAGUCAGGUUACUGGAGCAAACCACUGGCAAAGAAAAAAAGAAUAGCACAUCUGAACAUGCCCAUGUUAUUCAACUGGGUCAUGUGAGCAGGGUUGCCAGGUUUGGUAUAUAAUGGUUGUGUAUUCGUACCACUGUUAACUUGUUUCCCAAGAGAUAAAGAAGACAUAUGUCUGCAUUUUCCUAUUCCUGAACAAUUUGGGAUAGUUUAAAGUCUCUUUUUGUUGUGGUUUUUAAGUUGUAGUUGAGGUGGAAAUGUUACUGAAACCUUGCCACCCUUUUUACAAGGAUUCCUUGAAAUUUUCUUUAAAGCUAAACAUACAAAUAAAAACCCUGUAUGACUUUUUUUCAUUUUGUCCUGUGGGAUCCCAUUGAACACCUAGUCUGGAGAAGAAGAAAAAAGAAACCCUCUUUUGUUUGUAUCUGUAACCGUAUUAAUUUAGGAUGCAUUAUUUGUGCAAUCCAAAUAAUUUGUGCAUCCUUAUAUUACAUUCCUAAUAUUUAGAAAUACAAAGUCAAAAGUGGCUUAGUGGUUAGCAUGUUCCCUUCACACUGCCAGAGUUGGGAGUUCGAUUCUCGUCACUGCCCUGUAUGUGUGGAGUUUGCAUGUUUUCCCCGUGCUGCAGGGUACUCCAGUUUCCUCCCCCAGUCCAAAAACAUGCAUGAUAAGCUGAUUGGCAUGUCCAAAGUGUCCAUAGUGUGUGUAUGCGUAUGUGAUCGUGCCCUGCGAUGGAUUGGCACCCCGUCCAGGGUGUACCCCACCUUGUGCCUGAUGUUCCUUGGGAUAGGCUUCAGGUUCCCCACGACCCUGAAGGAUAAGCAAUAUAGAAAACGGAUGGAUGGAAGUCAAAAGAAAUUAUGUUUCUGAAUUAGAAGUAGUUAUAUGCAGUGGAAGUCUAUUAAAUAACGAAAUCUCUGAAUACUUAUUUCCCCUCACAUUACUUUAAUACACAUCUUUCAGAAUUUCAGUCGACUUUUUUUGUGUUAACAGCCUGAGCAGCAAGAGCUGUUUCCUUUCGCCCACAGCUGUGCCGUCUGUGGGAAAAUUAAAUGCACAAGACAUAGACCAACAUUGCUUCUAGAAAACUAUCGGCCAUGGUUGGAUCUAAAAGUUCACUCCAAGGUGGAUGCGUCUCUUUCAGAGAUUCUUGAGCUCGUCCUUGAAAACUUUGUGUACCCAUGGUACAGAUGAUGAGGCAUUUGUGGAUGAUCUCAGAGUGACCUUGCGCUUUGUAGCUGCGGUGCUGGUUCGCCGAGCACAGAGAGUUGAUAUUCCAUCUCUCAUAACACUCAAACUACUUAAAGUUGCCAUGAAACACAUUGAAAUAAUUGCCAAAGCAAGACAAAAAGUGAAGAACUCGGAGCAUCUGCAGCAGGCUGCGUUAGAGGAGUAUGGCCCUGAUCUGCAUGUGGCCUUGCGCAGCAGGAGGGAUGAGCUGCUCUACCUACGCAAGCUUACUGAGAUACUUUUCCUAUAUAUUUUGCCUCCAAAAGCUACUGAUUGCAGAUCUCUUACUCUUCUGAUAAGAGAGGUUCUUGCUGGCUCUGUAUUCCUUCCUUCCAUGGAUUACUUGGCUGAUCCUGAUACUGUGAACCAGUUGCUGCAUAUUUUCAUUGACAACUCUCCACCUGAAGCUGCCACUGAACCGGCCUCUACAUUUGUCCCAUUUCUGCAGAAGUAUGCAGACAUACGCAAUAAUAAGUCUUCAGUGUUAAAGCUAGAACUUAAGGAGAUUCGGGAGCAGCAGGACCUGCUGUUUCGCUUCAUGAACUUCCUCAAGCAAGAAGGGGCUGUUCAUGUGCUGCAGUUUUGCCUCACUGUUGAAGAGUUUAAUGAUAAGAUCCUUCGUCCAGAACUUUCUGAUGCUGAAAAACUGAUGCUACACGAGGAGGUGAAAAAGAUAUAUGAAACAUACUGCCUUGAUGAGAGCAUUGACAAAAUUCGCUUUGACCCAUUCAUUGUUGAGGAGAUCAGGAACAUUGCAGAGGGCGCAUAUGCUGAUGUCGUAAAACUGCAGACUAUGCGCUGUCUGUUUGAAGCCUAUGAACACGUUCUUUCCUUGUUGGAGAAUGUUUUUACUCCAAUGUUCUGCCAUAGUGAUGAGUAUUUUAGGCAGCUGUUGAGGGGGGCAGAAUCCCCAACUAGGAGCUCCAGACUUGGCAGAAAUAGCGUGAGUUUGGAUGACAUCCGCUUUUCUGAAUGGGACUAUACCAUGAACCUAGAGUCUCCGUCCAUCUCAUCUGCAUCUGUCUCCCCUAAUUUUUCAUCCAUUACCCACCCAUCGUGCUCUAAUGCCUGGCGCACCGUUGCGCUUAAGAACACAUCAAAACGAGGAGAAUCAUUUGGCAUCAGCCGCAUCGGCAGUAAGAUUAAGGGGGUUUUCAAGAGUACCACCAUGGAAGGGGCCAUGCUGCCCUCUUAUGGAUUAGCAGAGGGAGAGGAUGAUAUGGUUGAGGAGGCCAUCAUGGUUAUGGAGGAUGACUUGCCCGUGGAGGCUAUCAGUACUCCAAGUACACCUCGUAACCUGACAGCCUGGAGCAUCACUAUCCCCUAUGUGGACUUAUUUGAUGAUGAGGUGAAGAAGGAGAGGAUUCCUGUGUAUUGCAUAGAUGUGGAGAGAAAUGACAGGAGAGCAGUGGGUCAUGAGACAGAACAUUGGUCUGUUUACCGAAGAUACCUGGAAUUUUAUGUUCUUGAGUCAAAACUUACAGAAUUUCAUGGCUCAUUCCCUGAUGCACAACUUCCAUCCAAGCGGAUAAUUGGACCUAAAAACUAUGAGUUUUUAACAUCCAAGCGUGAGGAAUUUCAGGAAUACCUACAGAAACUCCUGCAACACCCUGAGUUGAGCAAUAGCCAGCUGCUGGCAGACUUUCUCUCCCCUCACAGCGUGGAGUCGCAGUUUCAUGACAAGAUGUUACCUGAUGUCAAUCUUGGGAAGAUAAUUAAAUCUGUACCUAGCAAACUAAUCAAAGAGAAAGGCCAGCACCUAGAACCAUUUAUCCAGGCUUUCUUCAACUCAUGUGAAUCACCGAAACCCAAACCCAACCGGCCUGAACUCACAAUCCUCAGCCCCACGUCGGAAAACAACAAAAAGCUUUUUAAUGAACUAUACAAAAAUAAUGCAAAUCGCUCAGAGGUCACAGAGAAGAGGCACAACCAGAAUUACUUUAUGGAGAUGAUCACCGUAGAAGGAGUUUAUGAUUACUUAAUGUUUCUAGGACGAGUGGUAUUUCAUAUACCUGAUUGGUUACAUCAUCUCUUAAUGGGUGGGCGCAUCCUGUUUAAAAACACACUGGAGGCAUAUACUGACUACUAUCUGCAGAACAAACUAGACCAGGUGUUUCAAGAGCAUCGUGUGGUUUCACUUAUCACUCUGCUCAGAGAUGCUGUAUUCUGUGAGAACAGUGAACCACGCUCUUUAGAAGACAAGCAAAAAAGAGCCAGAAAAACAUUCGACGAAAUGAGGAAUUACAUUCCAGAUUUGCUUGGAAAGUGUAUUGGAGAGGAAGCAAAAUAUGAAGGGAUAAAGCUCCUCUUUGAUGGACUUCAGCAGCCAGUUCUUAACAAGCAGCUGACAUACAUCCUGCUUGAUGUAGUAAUUCUGGAGCUUUUCCCCGAAUUAAACAAAGUACAGAGAGAAACUUCUGUUAUGGCUCCAUGGAUGUAGAAAAAUCCACCACAAGAUUGUCGCAGUUUCUAUAUCUCUGCAUGUGCAACAUCUUACUUAAAUGCCAAAAGAAUCAUAUACACUAGUGUAUUUUUGAGACAAAUGUACAAAGCAUGACUUGUCUAUAUGGAUUGCCGUGCAGGGUAGGCUAUAUAGAAUGGAUGUACUGAACUGCCUUGAAAUUCCCAUGACUACAUGAAGUAAAAUUUAUACCAUGUUUUAAAAUACUGGCCGUUAAAACAGGAAAUGAUGAAUGGUACAGACUUUUUUUGUUGUUUUUUUUGACAACACAGCACUGACCUUUGUAAAACACUAAAUUGGUUGCAGUGCACUGUAUUACAAACUUUGUGAACAAGUUCUUAAUUGUGAAUUCCUUAAGACCCAAUUAAUAAAUUUUAUGUUGAUUAAUCAAACUGUCAGUAAAUAAAAAAUGCGGACUAGAGUGUGUUUUCAGAGAAGCAUUUGUAGGUAGUGAGCACUACUAUCCAUCCUGACAUUACCCACUACUCUGACUAAAACAAUCUUAUGAUGUCUUAUGAUGCACGUGUGUGUUUACAUGUGCCACAAUAAAAUAUUUUAUAUAACA